CAUAUUGAACAAAAUGAAUGAGGCAAUGACAGAAUUUACAUUUUAUAUUUUCCAGAUCGAUUUUAACACAAAAAUAUGCGAUCUGAUUUGGCAGGAAUGAGGUCUUUCCAGCAAUAACACAUAUCACAUUCAUUAGGGUCUCGCAGCGUGAGAGAGAGACGGGACUACACACGCACUGCACUGCCCUCUCUCUACUCAACAGCGCGCGCGCACACUGCACUGCCCACACAGAGGCAGAGCCCGAGAGAGAGAAGGUGCCCCCUGAACUGCACCUCUGCCAAGUAUUAUUGUAGGUUAUAUCACACACAGAAAGAAACCGCGACGACUUUCAGUUUAUUCGGUCUCCCCAAAUGUCCGUCACCAACACCGCAGCAAGCUCUCAGUGGACAUUUUGACCAGUUGUAAUAGCCUAGUUGAGCGCGCGGCACAGGUGAAUAUGGCGAGGGGAACAUCGCGCGCACCGGUGUUGGUGUUUCUAUCGAUGCUGUUCAUUGAAACCUUAACUGCGCAGGAAUUGCCCACCGGCGGCGUGAACGGAUACAGUUUGCACCCACCGUAUUUUAAUCUAGCGGAGGGAACGAAAAUCACGGCCACGGCAACCUGCGGAGUGGACGAGAACGAGCAGCCGAUUCAAGACUUGUACUGCAAGCUGGUUGGGGGGCCCGUGUCAGGGGACCCGAGUCAGACUAUUCAGGGCCAGUACUGUGAUGUCUGCACCUCAGAAGACACUAACAGAGCGCAUCCCAUCAGCAAUGCCAUAGAUGGAACCGAAAGAUGGUGGCAAAGCCCUCCUCUCUCCCGCAAUACAAAAUACAACGAGGUCAACGUCACUCUGGACCUAGGACAGCUUUUUCAUGUUGCAUACGUGCUCAUCAAGUUUGCCAACUCGCCCCGGCCGGACCUGUGGGUUCUGGAGCGCUCCGUUGACUUUGGGAAAACAUACCAGCCAUGGAAGUUCUUCGCCUCCUCUAAGAGAGACUGUAUUGAGCGGUUUGGCAAGAGGACGAUCGAGCGGAUCAACCAUGAUGACGAUAUCAUCUGCACAACAGAGUACUCGCGGAUUGUCCCUUUGGAGAAUGGAGAGAUUGUAGUGUCUCUGGUGAACGGACGACCGGGCGCCAUGAACUUCUCCUACUCUCCUGUUCUGAGGGAGUUCACCAAAGCCACCAACAUCCGCCUGCGCUUCCUCCGCACCAACACACUGCUGGGUCACCUGAUGGGCAAAGCCCUGAGAGACCCCACAGUCACUCGAAGAUAUUACUACAGUAUUAAAGACAUCAGUAUUGGAGGAAGGUGCGUGUGUAAUGGCCACGCCGAGGCCUGUAAUGCUCAAGACCCCAAUGACCCGUACAAGUAA